GUUUCCGCUCGACCCCGCCCGCGCCUCGGGGCGGGCCAAUCAUGGCGGGCAGCUCGGCCUGCGCAAGCGCGUUGCCAGCAGGGCGCUGCGCGGAGUUGGUGAGGUGAUUAUUUUGGCACCUGUUGCCAUGGCUCCUCCUCCCUCUCUCCUGCCGGGGGCCGGAGGAGGACCAGGGGCUGGCAGUCGGCAGCCUCCGCCCCCUCAACCUUCGCGGGGCGCGGGCCGCAGCUUUUCGGUUCACAGCCGGGCAGGGAAAGCCGCGGGAAGGGCACUCCAGGCGAGAGGCGGACGCGAGUCGUCGUGGCAGGAAAAGUGACUAGCUCCCCUUCGUUGUCAGCCAGGGACGAGAACACAGCCACGCUCCCACCCGGCUGCCAACGAUCCCUCGGCGGCGAUGUCGGCCGCCGGUGCCCGAGGCCUGCGGGCCACCUACCACCGGCUCCUCGAUAAAGUGGAGCUGAUGCUGCCCGAGAAAUUGAGGCCGUUGUACAACCAUCCAGCAGGUCCCAGAACAGUUUUUUUCUGGGCUCCAAUUAUGAAAUGGGGGUUGGUGUGUGCUGGAUUGGCUGAUAUGGCCAGACCUGCAGAAAAACUUAGCACAGCCCAAUCUGCUGUUUUGAUGGCUACAGGGUUUAUUUGGUCAAGAUACUCACUUGUAAUUAUUCCAAAAAAUUGGAGUCUGUUUGCUGUUAAUUUCUUUGUGGGGGCAGCAGGAGCCUCUCAGCUUUUUCGUAUUUGGAGAUAUAACCAAGAACUAAAAGCUAAAGCACACAAAUAAAAGAGUUCCUGAUCACCUGAACAAUCUAGAUGUGGACAAAACCAUUGGGACCUAGUUUAUUAUUUGGUUAUUGAUAAAGCAAAGCUAACUGUGUGUUUGGGAGGCACUGUAACUGGUAGCUAGUGCUUGAUUCAAUAGAAAAAUAAAGCAAACUUUUAAUAACAGA